AUGGCUAAUGUUGAUAAUCAGAAAAUUGCUUUCUCCACCAAUAAAGAAGAAAUCACGUGGUUACUUAAUCUAGGUGAAUUCAUUUGGAUAUGCUAUGUACCAGGAAAGCCAUUUAAGAAUAUGUUGCGACACUGCAGCCACAUUGAGGCCUCAUUUGACAGUGAUUGGUUUGGCGUGAUAGUGCAGAAUUGUGCGUUACAACUUUUAGGAUCAAAAAAAAAAAAUGAACAAUACCAUGUUGAUAAAGGACUUCAAAGAAAAUUUUUUUCUAAUAAUGACUUUGAAGUUAAAAUAUUUCCAAGGCUAAUUGAUCAACCGGAGACUGAUGAUGAAACUGAGAUUCAACUUGGCCAAAGUGACCUGCCGGUUGUUGUGGAAGAUGAACCCAAAGACAAUAGGAGCAAAUUAUGUGCAGAAGACGGGGAAUCAAAGAUCACAGAGCAAACCAGCACCAAAAACACUACCAUCGACAACAACAAUAGAGAAAGUUCUUCUGAUACUUCAAAGGAGAAUUCAAAAGCUUCCGAGGUUCAGAAGCCGGAUUAUAUUCAUGUCCAGGCACGCCGCGGCCAGGCCACAGACAGCCACAGUCUAGCUGAGAGGGUGAGAAGGGAAAAGAUCAGUGAGAGAAUGAAGUUUCCGCAGGAUUUAGUACCAGGGUGUAACAAGAUCACAGGGAAAGCUGUAAUGCUCGAUGAAAACAUCGAUUAUGCUCAAUCUCUUCAACGACAAUUAGAGGUGGCUUACCUGCUAAUUUUCUAUGUAAUUCUUCAUCUAUUUUGA